UAAUUUAUAUAUGAGUGAAAGAAAAAAAUAAGAGAGAAAGAUAGUGGAACGCCGACCUGGUAAUUCGGACACGGUUCCUUUUUUCAUUAAAAUUUCAUUCUCAAUCAAAUGUCCUUUCUUCUUCUUCUUCUAUCAUUUCAUCUUCUUCUUAAUUAUUAGUUAAUUGCGAUGGAUUCGAGUACAACCCAGGAAUUCGAUUACUUGUUCAAAUUAUUGAUGAUUGGUGACUCCGGAGUUGGCAAGAGUAGUCUCCUCCUCUGUUUCACCUCCGAUUCUUUCGAAGAUCUUUCUCCUACAAUUGGUGUUGAUUUUAAGGUUAAAUAUGUUACUAUUGGUGAUAAGAAGUUGAAGCUUGCAAUCUGGGAUACAGCUGGUCAAGAGAGAUUCAGAACACUUACGAGUUCUUAUUACCGAGGUGCACAAGGGAUCAUUAUGGCUUACGAUGUUACUCGACGAGAUACAUUUACAAAUCUCUCUGAAGUCUGGGCUAAGGAAAUAGACCUUUAUUCAACAAAUCAGGACUGCAUCAAGAUGCUUGUUGGAAAUAAAGUGGAUAAGGAGAGCGAUAGAGUUGUGACAAAGAAAGAGGGAGUAGACUUUGCAAGAGAAUAUGGUUGUCUAUUUAUUGAAUGCAGUGCUAAAACUCGAGUUAACGUACAACAGUGCUUUGAAGAGCUUGUUUUGAAGAUUUUAGACACACCGAGCCUCAUAGCGGAGGGUUCGAAAGGGGUCAAAAAGAACAUUUUUAAGGACAAGGAACUCCAGUCUGAUGGAGCCACAAGUGGUUGUUGCUAAAGAAGAUGCUAUUUAACUCAAACUCAAGACUCACACUGCUUAUGAAGAUCUCAAAGAAAAGGGAAUCAGAGUUCUAAUACACACUUUUUGGUUAUUUAGCAGCAGCUGAAGUCUUAAAACAUCAGAAAAUCCAGGCUCUUAUUUUUUCUGGAAUAUUUGUAAUAUAAUGAUCAUGCUUCUUUUUAUUUAUUUAGAUUUUAUUAUUGUUA